AAAAGUUGCUGAACACCACAGCAAAUCCACAACAUCGAAAAAACAUUCUUCAGUCUUUUUGGCAUCAGAAAACACAUGUUGAAGGAGUUCCCAUCCGGCGAACUGGACACCGCUGACUGAUCUGAUAGCUGCUAUUCAAUUAAGAGCCAGUAUCAGCUAAGAUGGCGCAUGUUGAUGAUGUCAUGGCAUGGAGAGAGUCAUUCGACCAGCUUCUGGAUUGUAAAAUGGGCCAGCUGGUGUUUGAGAACUUCUUGAGGACAGAGUACAGUGACGAGAACCUUCUAUUCUGGCUGGCCUGCGAGGACUACAAAAAAAUUACCAGCAUGGCAGAAAUGACAGAGGCCGCCAAAGGGAUUUACGCCGAGUUUGUCCAAGUCGAUGCGCCCAGACAGAUAAAUAUUGACUGUGGGACGAGAGAGGAAAUCAGUGAAAAUAUCUCUCACCCGGGGCCAAAUUGCUUCGACAGGGCGCAGAGACUGAUACGCGGCCUGAUGGAAAACGACUGUUACCCGCGAUUUCUGAAAUCAGAAACCUACCAAGCUCUCCUGGAACAGGCCGCGCGGCGAUGAAAGCCAUUUGAAGAAAUGAAAAAAGAAAAAAAAAAAGCUUGUCGGACGAUUGAUUCUGCACUUCAGAGGACUCUCCUUAGAAUCUGAGUUUAAACAAAAAAAAAAGGGGGGGGGGGGAGAGAAGACGGAGGAAGCAGGAGUUAAAGGAUCCCGGGGACUGGCGACGUCUAAAAGCCACACACGAUUUAAAUACUGUAUUAAGUUUGUUUUUGAAGUCUUUUUUUUUUUUCGUUGAGGUUGCUUGACAUAGCCCAAACGGGAGCAAUUCAGAAAAGAAAAAGAAACAUCGAGCUUAGGAAGGCUGACAUUUGUUUGGACAAGUAUCACGAAUAAAACAUUUAGGAUCUGAAAGCUCAAAGUAGCAAUGUGUACCCUUAAAUUAUUUAGAAUAUUGUAUAGUUUGUUUGUGAAAACAAUGUGUUUGCAGCCACAAAAACUAAUAAAAAAUGAAUAAUGACAGCC